UGUUGUGAGCACUGGGGGAGAUGAGCGUAACGGAGAUUUAGUUUCAAAAAAAGAAGAGAACGAGGCAGCAUGGCAGAGAACCGGAGAGGGAGAAAUGAGGAAGUAGUUUACGAGUGCGGUUGAACAAGAUCCCCGCUGUUUUUGUAGCGACGAGUAAAACUGUAAAACGGCAAACAUGCCGACGUGCGCUCGCAUUUGUCAGAGGAGUCGCAAAUGAGGACAUUUGCUGGUUGCUGGCCCGUUUGGAAGAGCGAGACCACAAAUCAUCCACUCAUCCCUCCAUCCGUCCCUCAUUAGCCGGCCAUGCGUCUUGACGUGUCGCCAUGACAACAGAGGCAGGCUCCGAGACAGAGGUGAAGGAGAAAGAGGAGAAGCCGGCCGCCGGGCUCGACCAAUCGGAGCGGGCCACCGCAGAGAGCCAGGAAGCGGCCGCCGCCGAGGGAGACGCGGAGAAAGAGAAAGACGGCAAGGGGAUAUCGCGCUACCUGCCGACGUGGUUUAAGAAGCAGAAGUCUCAAGGCCAGACCUCCCCGACCGAGGAGGCGCCGUCGCCGGAGAAGCCCGGCGGCGACCCCGAGGAGGUUCCGGAAGUGAACGGACACGCAGAGGAAGUCGAAGAGAGGGAGGCGGUCGGUCCGCUCCGGGGGCAAGUCGCCGAAAAGGAAGCGGAGCGCCAGUCCGACGCCAGUGCCGACACAGAGCCCGCCGGGGAAGAGAAAGUCGUCGGGGGCGCCGAGGUCGCAGGUGAAGGAGGGGCCGGGGAGAAGGAGGAGGACGAGGCGGAGGAGCGAGCGCCGGCGGGCGACGGCCAGCCGUCCAUUUUCCAGUCGCCGCUGCGCCUGGUGAGGAGGAGCAAGAUGAAGCUGGUGGUGUGUCACGUGACUCUGCUGGACGGCUCCGACUUCGCCUGCGAGGUGGAGAAGCGGGCCAAGGGUCUUUUCCUGUUCUUCAAGGUGUGCGAGCACCUCAAUCUGCUGGAGAAGGACUACUUCGGCCUGACCUUCACAGACCACCACGAACAGAAGUGCUGGUUGGACCCCACCAAGGAAAUCAAGAGACAAAUCCGCAGCAACAACUGGCAGUUUGCCUUCAACGUCAAGUUCUACCCGCCUGACCCCUCGCUGCUCACCGAAGACAUCACGAGGUACCUGUUGUGUCUGCAGCUCCGCGAAGACGUGGCGUCUGGCCGACUGCCUUGCUCGUUUGUCACUCACGCUCUCCUGGGCUCGUACACGCUGCAGGCAGAAAUCGGCGACUACGAACCCGACCAGCCUCGUCCUCUGGACUACAUCAGCCAGCUGACCUUUGCCCCCAAUCAGAGCAAAGAGAUGGAGGAGAAGAUUCUGGAGCUGCACAAGUCCCACAAGGGGAUGACGCCAGCGCAGGCCGACGCCCAGUUUCUAGAAAACGCCAAGAAGUUGUCCAUGUACGGGGUUGACCUGCACCAUGCGAAGGAUUCUGAGGGCGUGGACAUCAUGCUGGGAGUGUGCGCCAACGGGCUCCUGGUCUACAAGGACAGGCUGCGGAUAAAUCGCUUCGCCUGGCCCAAAAUCCUCAAGAUUUCCUACAAGAGGAACAACUUCUACAUCAAGAUCAGACCUGGAGAGACGGAGCAGUUCGAGAGCACCGUGGGAUUCAAACUCCAGAAUCACCGCUCCGCCAAACGGCUGUGGAAAGUCUGCGUGGAGAACCACAGCUUCUUCAGGCUAAACGCACCGGAGCCCCCCACCACCCCGCGAUUCUUGACUCUGGGCUCCAAAUUCCGCUACAGCGGACGCACGCAGACCCAAACCCGUCUGGCCAGCACCCUCAUAGACCGGCCGGCGCCCGCGUUCGAGCGCACCUCGUCCAAACGCGUCAGCCGCAGCCUGGACGGAGCACCAAUGAUCAGCAUCACUGAGGCCAGCCGGGACGCCACCGAGAACGGUCACGAGCCCCACCUGGACCUCCACUCCGACUCCAAGGUUAAGGAGGCGGACCCGAGCCCCGGCCGUGUGGAAGCCGCGCCCGCCCAGAGUCCAGUGAGAGUGCGUGUGGAUAAUAUUUAUGUGAGGCACAGUAAUUUGAUGUUAGAGGACCACGAUAAGACCCAAGAUGAAGUUCUGAAACACCAGGCUAGCGUUAGCGAGCUCAAGCGCUCUUUUAUGGAGGCGCCGCCGGCCUCGCCGCCGCAGCCCAACCUGUGGGAGAAGCGCCUCAGCUCGUCUCCCGCCGCCGCCACGCGCGCUCAGCGGCCCGCUGCGGUGCCCGAGAAAGAAGAAGAAGCAGCGGCGGCGGCGGCUGAAAACUGCGACGCCAAAGAAGUCAGCAAGACGACGGAAGUUGAAAUUGAAGAAACGGUCGUGGUGCGAGAGAUUUCCGCCAAAGCCGUCGUCCCGGAGGUGCCCGGGCAGGAAGCGGAAGAGGGGGCGGGGCUCGCGCAGAAGAAGAAGAAGAUGAAGCAGCGGGACAGCGUUUCGUCGGAGAGCGAAAGCGACGAGGAGGCGGAAUAUCAGCCCAACGUCCCCGUGUCCAUCUCGCGCACUCAAAUCCCAGAGGAAGAAGAGGAGCAGGAGAAGCCGCCGGAGGAGGAAGUUAGCCCGCCCGCGCGCUCCGAAAAUCAGGCGGACGAGAAGAAAGAAGCAGAAGAACCCACGGCGACGCCCGGCGACGCCCCCAACGGACCGGCCCAGCGCCAAGAGGCUGACGCCCGGCCGCUCGCUCCCCCGCACCAAGACCACGCCCCCAAAGUGAACGGCGAGGCCGCGGCGGUGGACACGCGUCCGCAGGUUAUUUGUUGCUCUCAGCCGCCGGUGGUAAAGACAGAAAUGGUGACAAUUUCGGACACGUUCGCGGCACAGAAGACCGAGAUCGCGACCAAGGAAGUUCCCAUCGUGCACACGGAAACCAAGACCAUCACAUACGAGGCCGCACAGCUGGACGGAAGCGGGGACGGCGAGCCGGGAGUUCUGAUGACCGCUCAGACAAUCACCUCGGAAUCUCUGUGCACCACCACCACCACGCACAUCACCAAGACCCUGAAGGGCGGCCUGUCGGAGACCCGGAUCGAGAAGCGCAUCGUCAUCACCGGCGACUGCGACAUCGACCACGACGAGGCUCUGGCCCAGGCCAUCAAGGAGGCCAAAGAGCAACAUCCCGACAUGUCGGUCACCCGAGUUGUGGUCCAUAAAGAGACCGAGCUGGCCGAAGAGGAGGAUUGACCCCGCGCAGAGCUGAAGGAGCGUCUGGGGAUGUCGUGACCUGUGACCUGUGCGUCUUUGACCUUGACUGACUGAAGAGGCGCCAGAAGAAAACCAACUCCAAGUCCACCCCCCCCAAAAAAAAAAAUAAUCAAGAAAAUAACAACACACACACACACACACACACUGAGGGAGCAAAACAACCACAGUUAGCUUAACAUAUGUAGCGUGUUUUUACUUCUUUUUGUUGUUUUUUUCCAUAGUGCUUUUUUUUUCUUUGUCAAAAAAGAGACAACAAAGAGGGGGCGCACUGAUAAGCAACCAAGAUUAAAUAUGAUGAUAAUCAUCAUUCAUAAAACUAGACACUGAAGUGUUGCACUAUGGGAAAACUUUUAUAUUGGUGUGUUUCCCCUUUAGUGCAGGGGUGGGGAAGCUAUUUAACUUUAAAAAACUAAUAAAACCUCAUAGGAAUUGUGUAUAAAAAUAGCCCUAUAUGCUCAUAAUAUAUCAUAAUUCCCCCCUCAAAAAAAAAAAGUUCUCCACCCCUGCGCUAAUUGUGAUAACAGAUCAGCUCCUUCCCUCGCACCAAUAAAUGUAAACAUAAUUCACCAUUUUACAUAAAAAAAAAACUCACAUACUAAUGGUACAAACAAGUUGACAUUUUUUUCCAAGUUCCUUCUGAUUUUCAUUCCUCGCAUUUAAAAAGAAAAAGCAUACACUUGAUGGAAAAAAAAAAAAAAAGCUCUCAGCUUGUUGUUGUUCUUGUACGAAACCUAAACGAGUUGAAGCUAAAAACACGUUUUUUGCGCAGAUGACGGUGAAAAGAAGGCGAUAGCACAAAAGUAGCCACAGCCGGUCGCGUUCUCGGCGAGGGAGUGCGGUUCAUAAUUGGGAGAUUUUUAUUUUUAAUGUGAAACCACACGAUGGAGAUUUGGGAGCGUACACGUGACGCACACAAUCAGCGCUCGGUACUGUUUUAACUAGGUUAGGCUCGUUUUUUAAGAUGGCUACGGACAGAUUCCGCAGUUUUCCGUUGUCACGCCAGUAGUUCAGAAAGGUUGCUUUUUCGGGAUGGCUGUGAAUGCAGCACAAAAUUUUGGACAAAGAUCAGAUUAAGAUGCCCCACAUGACACGAGUACAAUAAAUGAUUUAAAAGAUUUAAAAAAAAAAAUUCCACCUGCCUGACUUGACUCGAAACAAGUUUUUUUUUUUUUAUUGGAUAUGUUCAAAUGUAAACACUUUUAAACAUAAAAUUCUCUAAAAUGCCGAAUAUUUAGAAUCCACAGUUUAUCUUUUAAUUUCUACAAAGUGUAUGUACGACAAUGGAGUCUUAUUAAAAACACUGGUCUUAAUUAACUGCAAUAUUUUGCGAUGACAUUCCACCGUAGGAAGAAGCCGGUAAAUAUUGAAUUUCCGCUUCUCAUUCUUGUUUUUUUUUUUUUUUUAAAUGCAUAUUAUGUCACAACUAUAUUUGUAGUUUUACUCUGCCUACAUUUGAUUUUGUGUGAAACUGUGGUCCAUUUUUUUUUCAAUUUCAUAUUUGUAAAGCGGAGGUGCGACAUUGAACACCACAAAAAAAGAAAA